GAAGGGCCGAGUCGUGGACCGAGCUGUCGAAAAUGGCAGAUAUAUCAGCUGCUGAGAAAAAUGACGAACGAAGAAAACGAGUAUUCGUUGGCACACUACCCCCAGAUUUUCUUCGUAUCACAGCUGCAUCACAGCAGCAGCAAGAAGCAGCUGAUCAGCAGGCUGCUCUUGCCUUACAACAGCAGAUGGUUGGUGUACCUUAUGCUCACAGUGCUGCAGGAAGAUUAAGCAUAACUGUCGCACAGGCGAAGUUGGUGAAGAAUUAUGGUAUGACACGUAUGGAUCCAUAUGUGAGACUUCGAGUGGGUCAUUGUGUGUAUGAGACUCAUACUGACCCAAAUGGGGGGAAGAAUCCACGAUGGAAUAAAGUGGUACAGUGCCUUCUGCCACAAGGAGUGACCAGCAUUUAUUUAGAAAUCUAUGAUGAGUGUUCCUUCACGAUGGAUGAACUGAUUGCAUGGGCGCAUAUCCCCAUCUCACAGGCAGUCUUAAGUGGUGAGACUCACGAGGAUUGGUUCCCACUCAGUGGCAAGCAGGGUGAGGGAUUGGAGGGGAUGAUUAACCUCGUACUCAGCUACUCUUUGACAUCUUCUCAACCUUCAUAUGCCCUGUACCCUUCAGUAGGACCUGUAGUAAUGAUGCCGACACCCAUGUAUGGGAUGCGCCCCUCCUAUGCUCCUGUGUCGGUAUAUACUGCUCCACCUACCCAACCAGCACAGCCAGCUCAGCCUCUGCAGCUUUCUGAAGAGGAACUGAAACAGAUAGAAGAGAUGUUCCCAAAUAUGGACAAGGAAGUCAUAAAAUCUGUAUUUGAAGCAAAUAGAGGAAAUAAGGAUGGCACUGUGAAUUCACUUCUACAGAUGUGUGAAUGAAAAAUUAGCCAAAACAAUGAAGAAGUGUUUUUAAUAUACUAGAGUGGUCCAGGUAAUAUUGAGCCAGUAUUAUGCCUGUUCUUCAUGGAGACAUGUGCUAUCAUGUUUUCUUUUCCAGUUUCUGUGAAUAAUACUUCCCAUUUUUAAAUGCUAUUGUUCCUGCCUAAGAGACCAAAGCAAAAUAUUUUAAUGGAAAUUAUUAUUUGUUUAUGAAAAGGUGAUUUGUCUCAUGUCAAGUCACAACACAACAAAUUUUUGGCUCAAGCAAAUGUGUUUUGCCAUAAUUUACCUGAUUUGAUAGUACCGCACGCAGAUCUCAAGUGACACAUUUUCAUAACUUCUCCUCAUUCUAAGCUAUAUUGCUUGAGAUAUGCUGAGACUGCUCCCUUUCAUACUUUUCCGAAUUGCUAUGCAUAAUCAUGAUAUUAGUUCAUUUGGUGCUGUUGCCUGUGAUUAAAUAAGGUACGUGUUGCAUUGUGUGUAUGACUGAAAUGCACUGUUGUAGGAACAUUGAUGGUGUUGGUUUCUUUAUCCAGCUACUGUGUGUUAUGAUUCAGGUGUUCAUUAAAGGAAUCAUUUUUCUUCAUGCUCAUAUAGUGAAAAAUGUAUAGCUUAUUGUCAGAUUUUCUUAUUUCCCUUUUUUCAGUAUAGUGACCAUCUAAAAAUGGGAGUGGAGCCAACUUGGAAUAGUAAAGUAAAUGGAAAAUUGAAACUUUCUUCUGCCCCAUGUACAUCAAAUAUGCUUCAUACAGUAGUUAAAGUGUGACAUAAUGGUGGCAGAAAUGAGAAACAAAUAUAUCAGUCAUGUCUUGUGUGGAUUUAAACCUGUAGACUGUGUGUACAAAAGAUUAUUACAUUUAUUGUCGUAUGACCUUAAUAUCACCAUUCAUUGAUUUAUGUUUAUGUUAAGAGGUUCCCUUCAGUUUCAAAAUGUGUUUGAGAUUACCGGCUUCUGGGAUGCGACGCCGUGUAGUGUGAUAGAGAGUUAUCAGUAUUUUGAAGGAACCUGCUCCUUACAUUUUGAAGGUAGAUGGAGGCAGCAGGUUCCUCCAAAAUAUUGGUAACAUUCUGCCAGACUGUAUGGCUUGCAUCUUAGAAGACUGCAUUCUUCCUGUUUGCUGCUACAAGAACCUAAAAUCUUGCAACCAUAUGUAACAUUUUCAAAGGAAUGUAUGGACGUUCUUUAUGGUUUUAUGGUUCCUUUAUGUUGAUAAACUCCCGAUUUAUGAUCUUUUAGGUCAUUUUUGCCCCUAUGGACCUGGUGAGGGUGGAGGAUGUCACACUUUUGAUGUGAGAGUGUAGAUUUCUUUUAGCCCAAGGAUUGUAUAUUGAAAGUCUUUCCAAAUACAGAUGAAUUCAGCUUCAUAAGAUUCUUUUCAGAAUUCUAUUUUUGAUGUAGAAUACACUGUAUUAAUCUUUCUGUAGAAAUCAUUUUUGCAUUGUGUUACAGAAUUGAAAAAUAUUCAUAA